CGUCGGCCUUCCUCCUCCCUUCUCUCGCCGUGUUGGAAAAUGGCUGUGCAGGGGAGCUGGGAGUUUUCAACGGGAAAAGAAAAGAAGGCGAAGUGAAAAAAAAGAAUAGCUUUCCGCAAGUUCCGUGCACCAUUGGAAGCUGCUGUGCAAUUUUCCCCGACAUUGACCGACUCCUGCCAUUUUGUAGUUUCGAGCGACGCCACUAAAAAGUGAGAAGACUCAAGAAAUAUCCACGGGUCGGUCACAAUCCCUGUCCAGAACAUGUGGGAGCUUUAGAGAACCGAAGAGGAUUAACGAGCAUCCCACUCCGACGCUGGUACUCCAAUUUAGACCACUUCACUUGGACUGCAAGGAGCCGCUGCCACACGGCCCUCCACUGGCAAAGUUUGAACCCGGCUGCCGCCAGCAGGUGUCGGACGCUUUAAGGAGCAUGUUGCCUACGCUCUCCCUCUGCUCCAUCGUGUGGCUCAACCGGGGUAUCAAGCUGAGGAAAGUGCACCACUUCAACAACACUGGUCAGGUCUGAAACAAGCCUGCGGGGGUCGAAUGCUACCUUGCGGACUUACGAAAAUGCUUCUAAGCUACGGGUGACUCAGUGGGUCCCCUCCACCCCCACCAAGGCCCCGCUGCGACAGCCCGCUUUUUUUCGCUGCUUUCUGGGGGCAGGAUUUGUGUCGAGCUGGACCCACUUAUUGCAAGGGGACUUGGCCUGCACCAUAUAAUCCUCCACUCGGUGGCCAUUUUGAAUCGUGCUUCCCUCGCAAAAUGGCAACGGAAGGUUUCCAGUACCGUGCCCUCUAUGUGUUCACCAAGGACCAGGAAGAAGACUUGGACCUGCAGCCAGGGGACCUCCUGAUCGUGAGCAAGGCCUCGCUGCUCUCCGUCGAGAACUACCAUGAGGGCUGCGCGGAGAAACCCGAGUGCCUCGGCUGGCUUCUCGGUUACAACGAGCGCUCUAAGCAGAGAGGCGACUUUCCCGGGACGUAUGUCGAAUAUGUGGGGCCUGUCAAGAUGGCGCUCCCAUCCAGUCAACCCAGGUCCCAGCGACCUCUGCCUGCUGCUCCCGCACCAGAGUCAUGUCAAGCUGCCUCAGUGCCCGACCUGAGUGAGCAGUUCACACCAGCGGAGACAGCUCCCGCCGCCCUCGUCAGCCUGAUCCAAGCCAUAGAGCAAAGAGGUCUCACUUCUCCAUCGCUGUACAGGACAACUACCAAUUCCUCCGUUUCAGACAUCCCGAUGCACACUUUUAUUCAAGAGAGUGAUAUCACUCAGACAGAUGUGGGCAUCUUGUCAGAGUGUGUCUUGCACUACCUGAGAGACCUUCCCUCACCUCUCAUCCCUGCCUGUACCUACGCUCAUCUCCAAACUGCUAUCACACAGCAGCAGCGGGUCCGACAGCAGUCAGCAGACGGUACAGUGGCCGGCAGCCAUGACAGAGAGGUAAGCCGGGUCCUGGAGAGCUCAUCUACCGUCCCUUUCCAUCACCGCCUCACCCUGCAGUACCUCCUCACACACCUGGCCAAGGUAACGCAGGCGCAGGCCAGCAAUGCCUUGGAUACACACACGGUUGGCAAGAUCUUUGGACCGCUGCUGAUGAGGACAGCCACCUCUGCUCCAUUGUUGUCGUUGGAUGAGGAGUUGCCUGCCCUUGUAGUGGAGCGCCUUCUGAUUGAGAGAACUGCAGAACAAGACCUCACACCACCAGUUCUUCCAGCAAAGCCACCAAAGACGAAAGUGACACCCGCAGCAGCUACGACGGACACAAGCACCCUUCUCGGCGAUGCCGAAUGGUACUGGGGAGAAAUAUCCAGGGAGGAGGUCAACGAGAAAUUGCGAGACACUCCGGAUGGUACCUUCCUUGUCCGAGAUGCCUCAAGCAAACUCGAGGGCGAGUACACGCUCACCCUCAGGAGAGGUGGGAACAACAAACUUAUCAAGAUCUACCACAGAGAUGGCCGCUAUGGCUUUUCUGAGCCUCUCACCUUCCUGUCUGUGGUGGAGCUAAUUAACCAUUACCGACAUGAGUCCUUGGCCCAGUACAACGCCAAGCUGGACACCAAACUUCUCUACCCUGUUUCCAAAUACCAACAGCUGGUGAAGGAGAACAGCAUAGAGGAGGUUGGUGAGCAGCUGAAGAUCUAUCAUGAGCAAUACCAAGAGAAGAGUCGCGAGUACGACACCCUGUACGAAGAGUACACACGCACCUCACAGGAACUGCAGAUGAAGCGCACAGCCAUCGAGGCCUUCAACGAGACCAUCAAAAUAUUUGAGGAGCAAUGUGAGACUCAGGAACGCUACAGCAAAGAGUCUCUGGAGCGCUUCCAGCGUGAGGGCAAUGAAAAGGAAAUUCAGAAAAUCCAGAGCAACUCGGAGCGUUUGAAAUCUCGCGUGAAAGAGAUCCACGACAGCAAACGAAAGCUGGAGCAGGACUUGAGAGAGCAGGUCUCCGAUAACAGGGAAAUCGAUAAGAAGAUGAAUAGUCUCAAGCCAGAUCUCAUGCAGCUCCGUAAAAUUCGAGACCAAUACUUGAUAUGGCUGACACAGAAGGGUACAAGGCAGAAAAAGAUUAACGAGUGGCUCGGCAUAAAGAAUGAUGCUGAUGACUCGUACUCACUCGAGGACGACGAGGGCUCACCCCAUCAUGAUGAGGGCACUUGGUACGUGGGCGACAUUAAGCGCACCCAGGCCGAGGAAUUGCUGCGAGGGAAAUGUGAUGGAACCUUCCUCAUCCGUGAGAGCCAAUCACAGAAAGGCUCGUACGCCUGUUCUGUUGUUGUGGAUGGAAACACGAAACACUGCGUCAUCAACAAGACGGCCACAGGUUACGGAUUCGCCGAGCCGUACAAUCUCUACUCAUCCCUAAAAGAUUUGGUGCUUCACUACAAAAACGUCUCCUUGAUCCAACACAAUGACCAGCUGAAUGUAAAUCUAGCAUACCCGGUCCUGGCCCGCUCUCAGAAUCACAACCAGCACCCCAGAUGAAUUCCUCACCGGCAGAUAAGGGACUUCACCGGGGGGGGGGAUUUCAACUCUCAUAUGUUGGGGGUCGAAGGUGGAGUAGGGGGUGUACUCUGAAGCAAGGUCGAUCUUGUGUGUAAGUGGCAAGUAAAAUCCACUUAAUUAGCAUGACUCACUGGCUAGAGGCUGGGCUUUGUUUUCCAUCUGAUCCCAGUGGAGCUAAGAGCACGUCUUGCAAGCAUCAUGGCUUCACAACAAGCAUACCGACUUGUAACUUCUGCACUGUACAGUUGGCCUGUCGCAGCGAGCCGCUUCAGCCAGACAUAACUGUACAGUGCACAUUACACAAACCCAGCGUGAAAAUACACAAUAACACAUCUUGAUACAGAACAACAACGUGUUCAAGAAUAAGCACACAAAUUCUGUUGACGAGGAGAUGGUUGGAUGAUGGGAAUUUUUUAGAGGAGGCACUUUGUUUUGUUUUUUGUUUGUUUGUUUGUUUGUUUUUGCCUGAAACAACAUGAUAGCUUUUGAUAGACAAAGGCCCGAACUGUUAUCCAAAGACCGCCUGCAAACUCUCCGUAGACAAAAGCCUGUGCUGUCAUCCUGUGAAAAGGACUGGUUUGGCUCAACCAGGCUGUUUGCUUCACUCCUUAAGGGCGGCUGAGAAAGCGUUGGACUUGGGUGGUGUAGUCACUGGAGCCUGGGGAAUGGGAUGAGGUAGAUAUUUAGUGGAAUGGAUAUUUUUAGGGCGUUGUAGAAAACACUAGUUGAAUUUGGUGCUGGUCUAAGUACAUAGUAACAGCUUUCAAUUGACCACAAGCCUGUGUCACGAGCUGAGAGAGACGGGAGAGAAAGUCUGUCAAAGUAGACAAAGCUGCCGUUUUAAAAUAGCCUCUUUUUUUGGUGGGGGGGGAGUCAAAUGUUCUUUAUUUCCAACCGCUUUGGCUUGUUGUUCUAUCUCAGCAGGCUUCCAUUUGAAUUGACGUGAGAUAUAACAGGAUAAAAAAAAAAUGCACGGCACAUCUCAUGAAAUGUUUGAGUCAUAGUACAUUGAUGAGUGCAGUUCCUCAGGAUGACUGAAAAUA